AUGGUUCUUCGUUCCGCCAUCUUUGAGCCUGUAGAUUACGGGCUACCUGACUUUCGCCAUCUCCGAGAUAUGACAUACCUCCUUAAAGAAGGUUAUGACCGAGCGCGUGAUAAAACGGUCAAAAACACCGCCGAUGUCUUGCCCUUCUUUUAUCUACCAAAUGUCCAACGUGUUUUGGUCUCUCUCGAGAGCCCGCUUGCGAUAACGUGGCCUGCGCCUCAAUUGCCUGUCCCAUCAAGCCUGCAAUCGCUGGUUUUGCACUCUGUUCGGGAGAAUUAUCUCGGCGAUCUACUCUCAGUUACACCUUAUCUAAAAUCACUGCGUUGGACAUGGUAUUACGAUUAUGGUCUCCGCGAUGCAGUCAAUUUGCCAAUUGUGGAUCUUGAUCAGAUCGGUGAUGCGAUAUCUUGUCUUAGAGGCACUUUAACCGACCUCAAAAUCAUAGGUGAUGUUAAACUGGGAGGCAAGGAUAUAAAUCUCCCUAGGCUCAAAACGGAGGGCUCAUUGAGUGCUAUGGCCAAUAUGGAGAAUCUGAGGACGCUUCAAGUACCAUGGGCAUUUCUUGUUGGAUUUGCACAAGACACAACGAAACGUUUGCAAAAUGUGCUCCUAAGAUAUCUUGAACAUCUCACCAUUACCUAUGACUUAUGUCUACAAAAUGAUGAGCAGAUGGAACUACAAUGGCCUGAAUUUGAGUGGGAGGAUCACGCCAUUUUAGACUUGCUGAAAUCAUGGCUACAGGAUCGAGAAGCUUUCACCCCGAAUCUUCGUGGUAUUUCUCUAGCACUAGCUAGAGACGAAACCGACGAUUAUGAAUGGGACCCUAUCAUGAGACACCAACUCACAGCGCUGGGUGUCCAAACCGGAGUUCCAUUUGAGGUAAUCUUCACAGAUGAAAUAUAA